AUGUUAUAUUAUAAUUUAAGUCCAUCAUCAUCAUCAAUAAAGAACCCAACCAUGCUACCACCAAAUAUUAAUUCAGAUAGUACAUUAAACAAACAAGCUUCCGUCAAUUUUUCCAAUAGCUAUAUCACUGAACCUUCAAUGGCAGAAGUGAACACAGAAUUAUACGACAAAAUAAUAUUAGAGAGAAAAAACAAAUCAAACACAUUGUUGAAUAUCAAUAAAACACAUUUCAAUAAUAAUAACAAGUUAAUUGCGCAAGAACGCAGAAGGGAUUUAAAAGAACAGAAAAUGAUAACAAAAAGGGGAGGCAUAGAUAAUAUGGGUAGAUUUAUUGCAGAGAAUGAAAGAGAAAGGGAAUUAAAGGCUUUAAAUAAAAUAGGGAGGGAAUAUGAAGUGGUACUGGAAGAUGAUUAUGGUAGUAAAGCCAAUGCCAUUACUACCAACCUACCAGGCAUGGAUGACGAGGCUGAUAAUGAUUCAGAUAUUAUGGAAUAUGUUGCAGAACAAGACAAACUAGAAGAUAUGUUAAGAAAAGAACAAGAGGAAAUUGAGUAUUUAUUAGAGAAUUUUAAUAUUUAA